AUGGACGAUGACGCAGAUUUGGAACCCGGAGAGCCCGGCGAUGCUGCCGCUUUUUCCUACACUGAACAGUCUAUCCGUAAAGCUUUCGUUAGGAAGGUGUACGCAAUUGUAAUGCUGCAGCUUGUCAUCACGUUGACAGCCAUAUUUCUCUUUGUUUACGAACCAAACAUCAACUCUUACUUCCUGUUUGGGCUUAGCCCUUUCAAUCGUUCUGGUGUGUUGCAGCCGCAUCCGACGACGCUGGCCAGUAAAUAUGAUUUUACUGACGGAAUGGGAUUUUACGAAUUCUGGAAGAAUCCUCAUUACCGGUUUGAUCGUCCGCUAGUUAUUUUCGGAAUCGUUGACGUCUACAUCCCCGGAAAGGUAUACGAUCUCGUUGAAGCCUCAAUGAGCGCGAUAUUGUUCAGCGUUUAUCUAGUCUACAACACCCAAAUGGCGUUCGGUGGUAAACAAUUGGCAACUUCCCCUGAAGAGUACGUUUUGGCAGCCAACAGUAUCUAUGUGGACAUUCUUAACAUCUACAUCUACAUUGUAGAUUUAGUGCGACUCUCACAUAUCUAA